CAGCCACGCAUGGCAGGCACGAAAAUUCAGCGCGGCACCGCAUCACGACGCCCCUCAGCAACAAGCGCAAAAUUCCGGUCGCCCGCUGCUGCCCCUUCGCUCCGCACUCGCGCCUCGCUCGACCACGACAACAGACGAGACCGAGGACGAGGACCAAGACGAUCGAGGCUCCCAUCAACAAUCAUGGCGACGUACCAAAACGGCGUGGCCCCGGCCCGCGCCGCCGCCGAUGACAGCGACGUCGAGGAGGAGGUCCUCGUCGCCGAGUACAAGGAGCACGUCCAGUACGAGGACGGCGAGGAGCUGAGCCAGACCAACUCCUUGACCAUGGCCCAGCAGACCGACGAUAUUCAGUCCCGCCUCGUCCAGGCCGCCCAGCCCCUCGACUUCUCCGCGCCUCUUGAGGUCAAGUUCCAGAGCUACGACUCGUACUGCAGCCUUUUCCACUUCAUCCUCAACUCGGAGGGCCCCGUCGACAUUGACCCUCCCUCGCGAUUCUGGGCGUGGGACGUCAUCGAUGAGUUCAUCUAUCAGUUCAACUCGUUCAGCUCCUACCGGUCGCGCAUCGCACGGCAGGCGUCCAACGAGGAGGAGAUUCAGAUCCUCAAGGAGAACCCCAACACCUGGGGCUGCUACAGCGUUCUCAACGUGCUCUACUCGCUCAUCCAGCGGUCGCAGAUUACGGAGCAGCUGGCCGCGAUGCGCCGCAACGAGGAAUCCGCCGCCGUCGCCGGCGAGUACGGCUCCAAGCCCUUGUACAGCAUGCUCGGCUACUUCUCCAUCAUCGGCCUGCUGCGCGUGCACUGCCUGCUCGGCGACUUCAGCCUUGCCCUCAAGACGCUCGACGACAUUGACCUCAACAAGAAGGGCAUGCUCUCGCGUGUUGUGGCCGCCCACUUCACCACCUACUACUACCUGGGCUUCUCCUACAUGAUGAUGCACCGCUACGCCGACGCCAUCAAGAUGUUUAGCCAUAUCCUCAUUUACAUCUCACGGACCAAGACGUACCAGAAGAACCCCCAGUACGACUCCAUCACCAAGAAGAACGAGCAGAUGUACGCCCUCAUCGCCAUCUGCGUCGCCUUCCAGCCCACCCGCCUCGACGACACCAUCCACAGCGCGCUCCGCGAAAAGUACGGCGAUCAGCUGCUUAAGCUGCAGCGCGGCGGGCCCGAGUCGCUGCCCAUCUUUGAGGAGCUGUUCCGCACCGCCUGCCCCAAGUUCAUCUCCCCCGUGCCCCCAGACUUUGAGAACCCCGAGUCCAACAUCGAUCCUGUCGAGCACCACCUGGCCAUCUUCAUGGACGAGGUCAAGACCAACAUGUGGAGCCCUACCAUCAAGUCGUACCUGCGCUUGUACACCACCAUGGACCUCAGCAAGCUGGCCGGCUUCCUCGAGGUCAAGCCCGACGAGCUGCGAUCGUGGCUGCUCGUCACCAAGCAGCGCACCAAGCAGCUGCGGUACCAGGACCAGGGCCUGCUCGACGGCGAGCUGGUCAACGUCAGCGACCUCGACUACGCUCUGCAGGGUGACCUGAUUCACAUCUCCGAGGCCAAGGUCGGCCGCAAGCUCGUCGACUGGUACCUCCGCAACCUCUCGCGCACUUACAACUAAGCAGCGGAGGAGAACAAGACUGGCAUUCUUGAUCGAUCCGCCGCACGCUGGGCUCCUGGCUCGCGAUAGCGCCAAGACGGCAGAUGGGGCGCCCCAGCGGGCAUAUUCGUAUGUGCAAGCCGAUUGAUGGGCUGCAUGGCACCGGCGUCACGGAGUUGGGGACAUGUUGCUUGUAUGUACCGAGGGGUGAACAUGGGAGGGCCACCGAGCCGUUGGGGCCCCGCAGGAACCAAGCGCCCCAGGCAGCGCAGACCUCGUACGGGACGGGCGUCUGGGACAACGGCGCUCCCUCAGGGCGCGCCGUAAUUUUAAGCAUAAAGAUAAGAUUUUCACCGACGGGGUGGUGGCGGGACCCGGCGAUGAGCUGCCGGCCCCAACCCUAGGGUCAAUACUUUCAAGUACAAGUACGUAGUAGAUCCAGAAAUAUGGAAACCUGCGAACCGGUCA